AUGAGGAAAUGCAAACGCACAGCCGCUGAAUGUGUGGAUAGACACCCCAAAGUUCGCCAAAAAGACGCAAUCAACUCUCUACCGGAUGAGAUUCUCCAACAUAUCCUCUGCUUUAUCCCCACCAAAUUAGCAGUCACAACUUCCCUCUUGUCCAGCCGAUGGAGACAUGUAUGGUGCCGUACACCUUCAAUCUCGUUGGAGAGCUCUGCAUUGCGGGCUGCUUCGAGAAUGCAAACACAGUAUCGCUACACUGCUCCGAAGAUGAUGAGUUUACACCUCCUAACCGGCUCGAAGGAUAAUGUUAAACACGUCAACAGGUGGAUCGAGUUGGCCAUGUCCCGCCGUGUGGAGAAGAUGGACCUGGAACUUCAGUUUAAAAGCGAUUACUAUGAAUUUCCUCACUUCUUCUACAUCAAUUCCUCUUUCAAGGAGCUCAGAGUUGAGGUAAGGUUUACUUCAGUGGUCCCGAGUUGCUUCGUGGCUUGGACAUCCCUGAAGAAGUUGUCCUUUCGUUCAUGUAAACUCUCUGAUAACUCCAUUGCUAUGAUUCUAUCUGGCUGUCCCAUUCUCGAGUUCUUGAAAUUGGAUGGGUGCGUAGAUCUGCAUGAUCUUAAACUCAGCAAUGCGCUGCGUCUGAGGACAUUACAAGUAUUCGGCCCACGGUCACUGAGUCAGAGUCCAGUGAAGAUUGUUGCACCACAUGUCCGUUGUCUCAAACUAAGAAACUCUUUGAUCCUAUGCACUUUAGGUGAUAUCUCCUCUUUAGCCGAAGCUAAACUGAACAUUUCGGCUCACGCACUCCCAAGUAUCAAUCCUGUUUCUCUUGGAGUCAUGGUGGUACCGAUGGCAGAAAUGUUAGAAAAGUUGCACAACGUAGAGAAUCUUACUUUUGGAAGAGAUUUUCUAAAGAAUUUGUCUCGUCCAGAGCUUGGUGGUGUGCCUUUUCCGAAGUUCAAGAGGAUCAAAGCUUUGGCUCUUGACACACCGCUCUCUGCGGAUAUGUGUGUUAUUAUUGAAAAACUGUUACAACAGUCACCUGGUUUAAAGACGCUAACGAUACACACAAGAAGUCACAACACCAAACCGGCUCUUUGGAAGACGUCCCGUUGGGAAGCAGAGUUAAAACACAUUGCUACAAGAAUAGAAAGUCUGCUUAAGAAAACAAAAGCAUUGGAGGAAAUGGUAGUACAGUUGGACGAUCGCUACUUUAAAGCAAUAGGGUUUGAAGAGAUGGCUCAAACACUUUCUCGCAACUACAAAAAUGUCUCCAUUGUGUUCUCAACCAAGCCGGCGGCAAUAGAGGAGUGGUGA